AUGGGACCGACGGUGUCCCCCAUGGUAUCGCCGGGGUACACCGAGGCGGAAAGUGACCUAGAAUUGGUGAGCUGGGAGCCGGCGCCACGGAGAGAACGCAGACGCGAGGAGCCCCACCCCAAGCGCGAGGAGCCCCGGACCAGCAGUAGCAAGGAGCCCCGCACCAGCAAGCGCGAGGGGCCCCGCUCCAGCAAGCGCGAGGAGCCCCACACCGGCAAGCGCGAGGAGCACCGGGCCAGCAGACGCGAGGAGUCCCGCACCGGCAAGCGCGAGGAGCCCCGGACCAGCAGGCACGAAGAGCCCCGCACCGACAAGCGCGAGAAGCCCCACCCCAGUAAGCGCGAGGAGCGGCCUGAGGGAGGAAGGAGGGGGCGCACGGAGACGCGGAAGGAGGAGCCCAGUGAGCGGGCCUCGAAGCGGGCGUCCACGCGUUCGACGCGUACGGCCAAGGAAGAGGGCGCGCGGCGAGGGGAUCAGCGGCCGACAGACCCACAGGUCGAGGAGCCGCAGCCAACGCCGGCCGAAACCGCGGUCAAAGAGCCGCAGACAACGCCGAUCGAGACCGCGGUCAAAGAGCCGCAGUCAACGCAGGCCGACAUCGCGGAAGAUAACGCGGCCGCUGAGGCACGACGCCUCGCGGAAUGGCACCGGCGGUUCGCGCUGGCCGCGGCGGCGGAGGAGCGGAGACAACGGCGUGUAUGGGAGGACGCCUUGACGCUGGCAAAGAGGCUGAAGGCCACGCAGGAGGCUGAAAAGGCGGCGCAAGAAGCGGAGGCGGAGCGCCACGAGCGAGACGAGGUGCGCUCCGCGGUGCGAGACGGCAUGAUGUGGCACGUGCAAACGCUGCACAUAUCGUGGGCCUCUGGGCCCGCGCCCCAGCAGCCCGGGCAAGAAGCGAGGGAGGCUCGACUGUGGGAGGAGGCACCACGCGCCAGUGACGAGCGGGACCCGAGGCGGCGGGCACGGCCACAGGAGUCGACAGGCCCAGCGGUGGCACCCACCGCCGAAGAGGUGCCCGAGGAGGCGCCCGGGAGGACGGCAGAGGUCGAGACGGAGGGCACGACGAACACGCCAACAUCACUGACGGCGGAGGGCCCAGCGGCGGCGCCCGAAGCCGAGGUGGCGGCCGACGGCGAAGCGGAUGACGGCGCAAGAGCAACGGCGGAAGCGAAGAAGGACGAGGCCGCGGACCAACACUCACCUGAGCCUUGGCGAUGGCCGGAACCCGGCCAGGGCGAGCGUCCGAAGCUGGGCCGACAGGCGUCAAACAUAGAGGAUCCCUCCCUUUCUGGUUUCUUUGAUGACUCCAUUGCAACUAUUGAGCUAAUUCCUGCUAACGUCUUCCCACAUUAA